AUGGCGGAUAGUGACGGUAUCACCCCCGCGAGCAAGCCUAGAAACAUCGAGGCCCAGAGUGCCUUUGCGGCCUCGACUCUGGUCGCCGAUUUCGAAAAGGCGCCGCAACCCAAACAGCCUGCCGCUGACACGGUGUAUGGCAAUCUCUAUGGCUCGGCCAUCGAGACGCCCGACAUCCAUGCCGGCGCGGAUCCCGUCUUCGCGGCCAAGGCGCAGCUGUUGAACAAGGCGCUGUUGGACCUGGGCAUGGGCCGGUACCAGUGGUUCCUCUGGAUCAUCACCAGCGCGGGAUGGUUUCUGGACAGCUUCUGGACGAUGUCGUUCCUGAUCAUCGGCCCUGCUGCCUCCAACGAGGCGCAGUUUUUCUACGCCAGCGAGGGCAACCGCGCCGCCUUUCUGUUUGUGAGCAUGUACGUGGGUCUGACAGUCGGCGCGACGGCAUGGCCCUUCAUGGCCGAUGCCUUGGGCCGCAAGUGGAUUUUCACCAGCACGCUGGUCCUCAUGGGCAUGGGCGGCCUGGUGGGUGCCGGUAUGCCGGCCUUCACCGGUCUCUGCGUCGUUGGUUUCGUCGUCGGCUUUGCCGUCGCGGGCAACCAAGCAGUCGAUGCCAUGGUCCUGUUGGAAACUCUGCCUGCUUCCCACCAGUAUCUUGUUGCCUUGCAAGGUGUAUUCUGGGGUUUGGGACAGUUGGUUGCCUCUGCAGUAGGCUGGGCCUUUAUUGCUCUCUGGACCUGCGGGACCGGCCCCGAUGAAGAGAGCACCGCCGAAACCUAUGCUAGUAAGGCCUACAGUCAUAGCGGCAGCGGCAGCAGCAGCAGUAGUGGAAGCAGCAGCAGCAGCAGCAGUGGCAGUAGCAGUUCGUGCCAUUACGUCUCGAACAAGGGUUGGCGCUACGUGUGGUGGACUUUCGGAUGCAUCACGCUCUUCCUGUAUCUGUGCCGGUUCAUGUUCCCACUUCGCGAGACGCCCAAGUUCCUCCUUGCGCGCCGCCGCGACGCCGAGGCGACGCAGCUGGUCAAAGACAUUGCGACAUACAACAAGCGGCAGCAAACAUGGCUGACGGAGUCGUCGUUUGCACGGAUCGACUCCACGAUCGAUGCGGAGACGGUCGAGGCCCAGCGGCGGACGCGCGUGGGACACAUCCUGGCCACGCUCAAGCCGAUGGGACUGGGUCUGCUGCUGCUGUUGUGGGCGAUGAUGGGGCUGACGUUCCCGCUGCACAAGACCUACCUGAGCAAUUACCUGGCGGUGCAUGGGGUGUCGGCCGUGAACCCGACGACGGUGACGACCCCGUACCUGUUCCGACAGUACCUGUGGGUGGCGCUGUGUGCGAUCCCGGGCCCGCUAGUGGCCGCAGUCAUGAUCGAGGCGAAGUGGCUAGGCCGGCAGCGCAGCGGGGCGAUCUUCGCCGUGCUGACGGGUCUGUUCAUGCUGCUGUCGGGCGUGUCGCGGUCUCACGGGGCGUUGCUCGGAUUCGAAUGCGUGCUCUCCUUCCUCUACUACGCCGACCUGGCCAUCCUGACCAUCUACACGGUCGAGGCGUUUGCGACCACCGUGCGCGGCUUCAGCGUCGGUGUCCUGGGCGGCACAUGGCGCCUGUUCGGGCUCAUUGCUGCCAUCAUCACGACGUUCGACUCGACCGCCAUCGCUGGCGGGGGCGCUGUCUGGUUCUCGGGUGCGAUCUGGAUCGUUCUGGCGGGCGUCUGGUUGGCUUUGCCUGUGGAUACCAAGGCCAAGGCUGCUGCUUAA